CGACGACCGCAUCACAGUUGUUCUGCCUUGACUUUCUAAGGCCAUACUUUCUUGUCCUGCAUUUACUGCUCAAUUGAAAAGUAGUCAUUCUGGAUGAAGCCUUCCCUUGGUGGCCUCGUCUCGUUUGUUGGAGCGUCUCGCCCAACCUUCAGCAGGCCUCGACAAAGUCCAAUCACAGACCUUCGGUGUAUGUCAACGGCAUCCUCAAGGACAAGGAUACCACGAUGUUUUCCCGGAUUGUUGGAUGUGAAAUGCAACACCUCGUCGAGGUGUUUAGUAAUGCCUAUUCUGCGUAAGGACUUAGGGCGGAGAGGACUGCACGCUACAAGCGCUCGAUGGCACGGUGGGAUUAAUCGACCAGAACCUGGAAGUGGAAUCAAAGUCCACUUCAAAGACUCAAAAGGCAACCAUCUCAAAACUGUCGAAGCGAACGAGGGGGACGACAUCCUCGCCAUAGCACACGAGUAUGAUAUCGACUUAGAGGGUGCCUGCGAGGGCUCGAUCGCAUGUUCAACAUGUCACGUCAUCCUCACUCCAGAGCAUUACGAUAUGUUACCUGAACCCAGCGACGAUGAGAAUGAUAUGUUAGAUAUGGCAUUCGGUCUGACGGAUACAAGUAGGUUAGGGUGUCAGGUAAAAUUAACGAGAGACUUGGACGGUAUUACGUGCACAUUACCUGCAGCAACGCGAAAUAUGUAUGUUGAUGGAGCAAAAUCCUCGCAUUAAUUAUUAAAUUCGACCAUUUGUUGUCAAUCUCUCUCUAUAAUCAAC